UAGUAGUCGUUAUGAAGAAUUAAUCGAUUUAUGCAAACAACAACAAGACGAUGAGCAAGAAGGCCCUCUUCAUAUUCCAACACAAGAGAAGCGAAAUGAGCUCCUAAAUGACCAUACACCAGAAGAGUUUCUGGAGGUCUAUCCGCGUCGAAAUGUCAACAAUUCGAUGAUCCGCAAGGAAUUCGAGGACAUUUUUGUUGUGAGCAAGGGUACGGCAGAAAGUAUGGACUACUUACAAGUAUAUGUAUAUGAUGUGGAAGUUGUGUACCAGGCGAUCUCACAAUUACUUUUAUAUCUGUACACACUUGCAUGUCUCCAAUAUACCGUGAAGCGACAGUGGGAUUUAUUAUACCAUCAUCGACUUCUUAAGGAUGAGCAAAUCACCGCAGACAAGUACCCUGAGGUCACUAAUAUGGUGCUUGCUAAUCAUACGUGGUAUGGAUUAAUCGAAACCGCUGAUAAGAUAUGGCUAGGGAUAUUAUCCAAUGAACCCAGCAACUUCGCGGUCAUGUUAAAAUGUAUGUUCGUUUUUCAGCAGUUGCGGGAAGAAUUUUGCAUUGAUAAGUUUGGGAGAUGUCAAAAACAAUAG